AUGAGUAGCAGCGAACUUCACGUCGUACAAACGGAUGACAUUUCCGCCACCAGUGGAAGUAGACAAAGUGAUGAUGCAUCCACGCGCAACAGUCAGGGGUCCGCACGUCCAAGUGGCUCACGUGGUAGUCUUGCAUCAAUUAAGAUUGGGAAGAAGGCGGAGCAGGAUCAAGUGCGGCUUGUGGGCACCCAUUAUCAACUGGGAGCCGAAAUUGGACGCGGAGGUUUUGGUGUCGUUUACGGAGCACUGGAUUUGCGGAAUGGGCGCUCAGUAGCCAUAAAACAAGUAUCGUUGCGGGACAUUGACAAAGAUGAAUUGCUGUCUAUUGAGUCGGAGAUCAGUUUGCUUCGUAAACUCAAGCACGAGAAUAUUGUCAAGUAUCACGAUACAAUUAAGACACAGGGCUAUCUUUACAUUGUGCUUGAGUAUAUGGAGAAUGGGUCAUUAGCGCAAUUUAUGAAAAAAUUUGGGUCUCUUUCAGAGACGCUUGUAGCGAUGUACAUCACGCAAGUACUUAGAGGUCUGGCAUAUCUACACGAGCAAGGCGUGUUGCAUCGAGACGUAAAGGGAGCAAAUAUAUUGACAACUAAGGAUGGUUUGGUCAAGUUAGCGGAUUUUGGCGUAGCAAUCAAGCUCAGUGAGACGCAGAAGGCAAAUUCGGUGGUAGGGUCGCCCUAUUGGAUGGCACCAGAAGUGAUUGAAAUGGCUGGUUGGUCUUCGGCAUCGGAUAUUUGGAGCGUUGGAUGCACAAUAAUUGAGCUAUUGACAACUAAGCCACCGUAUUUUGAUUUGUCACCUAUGUCUGCACUGUUUCGUAUCGUGCAAGAAGAUCACCCACCGCUUCCGCAGCGCAUGUCACCGGUUUUGCAUGAUUUUAUCAUGAAAUGUUUCAUGAAAGAACCGAGGUUGCGCGCAUCGGCUGAAGAGCUGCUUGUGCAUCCGUGGAUAGCACAAAUUCCGAAGAAUAAGGUUGAACAAAGCUCACAGUUUGUGGCUGUGAGUGUUACGUCUUCCAAUGAGCGCGACGCUGUCUUAAAUACAAUUAAACUAUAUGAAAAGAAUUCGUCGACGGUAGACACGCCUGUGUUAGCAAACACCUCGCGUUCUCGUAGUACUACAAUUGAACAAUCCGACGAGGAUGUGGAAGAUUGGGACAAUGAGUUUUGCGUGGAUUCCGAUCCUUCGCCUUUCGUGCUGAGAGAUGAUAAUGAUACAAAAGAUAGCAAAAGGUUAGCCGAGAGCGGUCAGCGUGAACGAAAGUUUCAGCUUUCCAAGGAAGACGCAAAAGUGCUAUUUGACAACGAUGUGUGGGACGAUGAAGAGACAAACAUCACGGUCUUAGCGGAGAAAAUAGAUGAUAGAACUAACAGUCAUGUACGUCUACAUCAGAGCCAGACAGAUGAGCGCAGAAUGAGUUCUUGGGAUCGCUCGUCGUUACUUUCCGCACAAAACCGCCUAGUGCAGCUCCAUAAAUUUGUUGAAGAUUCAGAAGAAGACGUCGAUUUCGACGAUAUUGAUGAAACACUUCUGUUACAAACUGCUAUGAAGCAACAAAGCGCAUUGAACAUGGAGCCAGGUCAUGCUUUAUUGAUGCCAGCGAAGCCGUCGCUCUAUGCCUCCAAGGAGAUCAAUGGUGAAGACGAUGGUCUUGAGCUCGCCGAAAGCUCAAAAGUGAAUAUGGUGCUACACACUGGCGGUUUUCGCGAUCGUAAUCUGGAGUCAUCAUCUAACGAAAGUGUGCACGAGAUCAUUUUUGACGACGAGCUUGACUUUGAUUACCUGACUGCUCGUGACACGAUUCAAAAGGCAACUGGGCGAGUGGUAGAGCUGCUGUCUUUGCUUAAUCCAAGCAUGGAUGAUCAAGUCAUUCUAGAUGCUUGUAAUGAUUUGGAAAAAUUGUUCGAUCAGAACGUGACGUUGAAACGUGAUUUGAUGUCACUAGGUGGUGUGGUACCAAACAUUAUGGAGGCCUUAGAAAUGAAAAAGAUGGAUGUCCUGCAUGCCGUACUCAGAGUUAUAAACAAAAUUGUUGAAGGGAACAAAAAGUUUCAAGAAAAUUUAGCUCUCGUUGGUCUUGUACCUGUAAUUAUCAAGCUCACGAAGCAGCACAAUCCAUUUUACUUACCAGAGCAUUUUGGUCGAGAAGUUAGCCCUGAACACAUCAAAUUUGCAUGUGCUGUACGAAUGGAGGCGGCCAAAUUCGUGCGACAAUGUUGCAAAACGAGCUCGCUAACCCUCCAAAUGUUUAUUGCGUGCGGUGGAUUACCUGUCUUAGUGGACUUCUUGACACUAACCAACCAACUUUCCAGCCUCGAACAAGACGUGGAUCUUGUCCGGAUUGCUUUGGAUGGAAUCUCUUGCGUUUUCAGUAUUCAAACCAUUCCAAAGAAUGACAUUUGCCGCCUAUUUGUCAAGGCAGGGCUGUUAAAAAAGUUUGUACUCGUGUUCUCCGUCAUUGUCAGCUCAUUGGCGGCAAGUCACGACGACAAUGCGGUAAAAGAAAAAGCAGAGACGACUGUUUGUAAGUCGAGGACACAAUGGACCGUGGAGGAAUUCCACAAGACGUGCGAUAUCUUCGUGCUGUUUUCUCAGGGAGAUGCUGUGGUUAAAGAGCAUAUGUGCGACGGGGCUGUUCUAGAACGACUUUUAGAAGCUAUUCAUUCGGCUUCUCCGCUUUUAAGCAUCGAAAAGAAGUUAGAACGCAAUCGAUCAUUGUCGCUAAAUUGCCACUCGGAUCAGUUUGUGUUCGCAAUGUUGAAAAUACUUAAGUGCAUUCGGAAUCUUAGCAUGGAGCCCUUGACUUUGGAAAAAUUAGACCGAGCUGGAGCAAUUCCAACUCUUGUUCGCUUACUCAACGAGCAAGAGACAACAGACUCAUUGACCUCGGAUAUGAAGCGGAAAGAUGUCGAGAAUAUCGUGCUACAGUCGAUGUUUUACUUGUGCCGAAUCAAUAGAAAUCGACAGACCCACGCAGCCCAAGCUGGCGUCAUUCCGUCACUUAUUAAGGUAGUAAAGAACGCAAGCCCACUAAAGCAAUUUGCACUUCCGAUCUUGUGUGAUCUAGCUCAUGCGUCGCCAACGGCUAGAGCUCAUUUGUGGACUUACGACAGUGUGACGCUCUUUCUGGCACUGCUCGAAGAUAGAUACUGGCAGAUUGACGCUAUAAAGUCCAUCAGCGUAUGGCUUGUUCAUGACACUAUGAAGAUGGAAAACGUAUUGCUUGCCCCCACAAAUUUGAUGAAGAUUAUGAUUUGCUUCCACAAUGCUCUUGACACGGAAUUUGAGAACUUGCUCGAGCCAUUGUUGGAAAUAAUGAAUCGUUCAGUUCGACUCAAUCAGGCUCUUGGUCGCAGUGGUAUAUUUGUGCUUGAGAUCUUGACACGACUGCGACUUAUGUCGAAGGCAAUCGUGCGCAAAAAUCUUCUUAAGAUGCUGAAGAGCCUCUUUGAGUCACACACUUCACCAGCUCGGUUUAUUGUGGAGUACAAUCUCCACCCUAUUGUCUAUACACUGGCACAAGACGAGAACAGCAUGAUCCUGGUCAAAGAAAUCGCGUCACAGCUUCUUCAAGCCAUCCUCGUGGCAGUGGGAGUCUUUUAA